AUGUCGAAAGAGGAAGCAAAAGGUGUUAAAAGAUCACCUUCUCCAACGGAUAUUAAUCCUGCUUUAACGCCAAAGUUAAGAGAUUCAUUGGGAUUUCGAAUGAAAAGACAAACUAUAGACAAAAAGACUUUAACAGCAUAUCAGCUGCUCGGAGGCGAAGAAUCGAAUGAUGAUACAAAUACAUUAUCUAAAACCAAAACCAUCCACGAAGAAGAAGCUGAAGGAGCAAGUUAUUCUAUUGACGGAAGACUUAGAAGAGUUAAUCCGUAUUUUUUCACUUAUUUGACGUACUGUAAGAUGAGAUGGAGAGAUAGGAAAUUACUUGAUAUUUUUGUUAAUGAAUUUAGGGAUAGAGAUGCUGACUUUUAUAAAAAGACAAUUGCUGCAGGUCAGGUUACCUUGAAUAAGAAGCCUGCCGACUUGGACUCCAUAGUGAGAAACGGAGACUUAAUUAGUCAUAGAUGUCACAGACAUGAACCAUCAGUAAGUUCUCGUGAGAUAAAAAUUGUGCAUGAAGAUGAAAAUAUUAUAGCCAUUGACAAACCAUCAGGUAUUCCGGUACACCCUACAGGUAGAUAUCGUUAUAAUACUAUAACUAAGAUUUUUCAGCACGAGUUUGGUAAAGUUGUGCAUCCAUGCAAUCGAUUAGACAGAUUGACAAGUGGCUUAAUGUUUUUAGGUAAGAAUGCUAAAGGUGCAGAUGGUUUUGUCCAACAAAUCAAAGAUAGAACAGUUAGAAAGGAAUACAUUGCGAGGGUAGUUGGUAAAUUUGAUAUAGAAGAAGUUGAAGUAGACAAACCAUUAAGAACCAUUUCUCCUAAGCAUGGAUUAAACAGAGUUGAUUUCGAGGAGGGUAAAGAAGCAAGGACUGUAUUUAGAAGAAUAUCUUACGACCCUGACUCGAAUACUUCUAUCGUAAAAUGCUUCCCAUAUACUGGAAGGACUCAUCAACUUCGUGUGCAUUUGCAAUAUAUUGGACAUCCUAUAGCUAAUGAUCCAAUUUAUUCUAAUUCAGCUGUUUGGGGAGAAAAUUUAGGCAAAAAUGGGGAAGGAGAGAAUGAAGACAUUAUAAUUAAACUAGAUCGUAUUGGCAAAGAUAAGGCGUCAUCAACUUGGAUACAUCCUCAGGAAGACGGAGAAAUUUUAUCUGGUGAUUUAUGUGAUAUCUGUAAUACUGAGUUAUACACUGACCCAGGCCCAAACGACUUAGAUUUGUGGUUACACGCUUAUAAAUAUGAAGCAGCCGAUAAAUCUUGGUCAUAUAAGACAGAAUACCCAGAAUGGGCUACUAUGCCUCAUAGAAAAUAUAUGGAAUUAGCAUUAGAAAUGGCAAAUAAAUGUGGUGAAACGCAAACGCAAUUUAAUGUGGGUGCAGUAUUAGUGAAUAAUGGUGAAGUACUAGCAACAGGGCAUUCUCGUGAAUUACCAGGUAAUACACACGCUGAACAGUGUGCAUUGGAAAAAUAUUUCGAACAAUCCGGUAAAAGAGAAGUUCCUCCUGGCACCGAAAUUUAUACUACUAUGGAGCCAUGUUCGUUGAGAUUAAGUGGUAACUUGCCAUGCGUUGAUAGAAUAUUAGAAACAAGCAUUAAAACAUGUUUUGUGGGAGUUGUAGAGCCGGACAUCUUCGUAAAGAAUAAUUCCGGAUACUCUAAAUUGACUGAGCAUGAUGUAGAAUACAUUCAUAUUCCAGGAUAUGAGGAGCGUUGUUUGGAAAUUGCUAAAAAAGGACAUGAGAAAAUUGAAUAA